AUGUCAAGGCUCGGUCGUGCGAUUCUGAACCAUGAGCUCCUCUCCCCAGCACUCACUCGGCGAUGGCUAAAGCCGUUCGCCCAGACAUCAGAACUAGGCCUCUCCGUCGGAGCCCCAUUCGAAAUAUUCUCCUUAACCCACCCGAGGAUGAUCAGUUUGUACACGAAAGCUGGCGAUUUUGGGCGAUACUCGGCAAUGAUGGGACUGUCUCCGGACCACGACGUCGGUUUCACAAUUCUCGCGGCGGGUGAAGGUACCACUUUGACAGUGAUGACACUGGCAGAUCUCAUAUCCAAGUUUCUCAUCCCUGCUCUUGACGAGGCUGCAAAACGGGAAGCCCACGACUGUUUCGCCGGGACGUAUAGCUCGACCGCCACCAAUUCUUCCCUCGAGGUUACGACAGACGAUGGACCGGGCUUGCGAAUCUUGAAAUGGACCAACAACGGAAAAGACAUACUGGAUGCCCUGUCACUGAUCCAGCUCGGGCCUCCUGGGCAGGGCACUGAACUCCGACUGUUCCCUACCGGGCUCAAACACGGCGGAAGAGUUUCCUUCCGUAGCGUCAGACCGUCAGGAUUCGGUACGGGGCCUAGCUGUGGGCUGCUUACAAGAGCGUGCAGGUCAUGGAUGCUGGUGAAUGGCUCGGUGUACGGCGCUUUGGGGGUAGACGAGUUUGUCUUCGAGACGGGGGAAGAUGGUCGUGCGAUCACCGCCUCACCACGUGCAAUGCGUGUGUCUCUUGCAAGAGAAUUCCAGUAG